AUGGAUAGGAAAUUUGUAUUUUUAGUUUCAAUUUUGUGCAUUGUAGUAGCAAGUGUCACGGGUCAGACACCCGCUGCAGCACCAGCCAAAGCACCCGUAGGUGCUAAGGCUGGUACUACUCCACCCGCUGCUGCACCAACUAAGCCCAAAUCACCUGCUCCCGCUACAGCACCAGCCUCGGCCCCACCUACAGCUGUUCCUGUUGCUCCAGUAACCGCUCCAGCCACUGCUCCCACUACCCCUGUUGUUGCUGCACCCGUAUCAGCACCAGCAAGUUCUCCACCAGUUAAAGCACCAGCAAGUUCUCCACCAGUGGCUGCACCAGUACAAUCUCCACCAGUGGCUGCACCAGUACAAUCUCCACCAGCAGCUGCACCGGUACAAUCUCCACCAGCUCCAGCUCCAGAGGUAGCUACACCACCAGCUGUUUCUACUCCACCGGCUGCAGCUCCAGUUGCUGCACCUGUUGCUUCGGAGACAACUCCAGCUCCGGCUCCCAGCAAAGGAAAAGGAAAGGGAAAGAAAAAGGGAAAGAAACACAAUGCAUCACCAGCACCUUCUCCCGAUAUGAUGAGCCCACCUGCACCUCCUUCCGAAGCUCCUGGACCUAGCAUGGACUCCGAUUCAGCUCCCAGCCCAUCUCUUAACGAUGAGAGUGGAGCAGAAAAAUUGAAGAUGCUGGGAAGUUUGGUAGCUGGAUGGGCUGUGAUGAGCUGGCUCUUGUUCUAA